AUGGAACCAGGAAAUGAUACAAAAAUUUCAGAAUUUCUUCUUCUGGGACUUUCAGAGGCACCAGAAUUGCAGCCCCUCAUAUUUGGGCUUUUCCUCUCCAUGUACCUUAUCACUGUGUGUGGAAACCUGCUCAUCAUCCUGGCCACCACCUCAGACUCCCACCUACACACCCCUAUGUACUUCUUCCUCUCCAACCUGUCCUUAGCUGACAUCUGUUUCACCUCCACCACUAUCCCAAAGAUGCUGGUAAACAUCCAAACACAGAGCAAGACCAUCACCUAUGCAGGCUGCAUCACCCAGAUGUUCUUUUUCCUACUCUUUGCAGUGGUAGAUGACUUUCUCCUGACAGUAAUGGCCUAUGACCGGUAUGUGGCCAUCUGUCAUCCUCUGUACUACUCUGUUAUCAUGUACCCCUGGUUCUGUGGACAACUGGCUCUGGCGUCUUGGACCAUAGGUGCUCUGCAUGCAUUAUUACAUAGCCUAAUGGCAUUGUGGCUGUCCUUCUGUACACAUGCGGAAAUCCCCCACUUCUACUGUGAUCUUAGUAAGCUGGUCCACCUUGCCUGUUCUGACUCUUUUCUAAAUAAUGUAGUGACCUAUUUUGCAUCUGUGCUGCUUGGUGGUGGUCCUUUCACAGGGAUCCUUUACUCUUACUGUAAGAUAGUUUUCUCCAUUCAUGCAAUCCCAUCAGUUCAGGGAAAGCGCAAAGCAUUUUCCACUUGUGCCUCUCACCUCUUAGUUGUUUCCUUAUUUUAUGGUACAAGCCUAGGAGUGUACCUUAGUGCUGGUGCUACCCACAGCUCACUCUCAAGUGGAGCAGCCUCGGUGAUGUUCACUGUGGUCAUCCCCAUGUUGAACCCCUUCAUCUACAGUCUUAGGAAUAAAGACAUAAAGAGGGCCCUGAAAAGGCUAUCUAGAGGAAGGUCUAAAAGAAGCAAUUUUUCUGCAAUAGAAUAA